AAGUGGCUGGCAUAUAUAGUAUGUGCUACAACCUUCCACUACGGGGUCGACAACUAAAAAGUGCAAUAUUGGAUCGGUUUUACGGAAGGCUGGUGAUGGUUAGCUGAACUGACACAUAGGGUAAUGAUCAAGCCACAAUGACGUGGUUCCAUACAAUAUAAAUGUCAUUAGGCGGUAUGGAUGUGUUUGAGAUAUAACACACGCAGAAGGACGUCAAAAAUGGUACCUACUACCUAAGUAAAUACUGAUGAUAUAGUUGAUGCUGUGUGACCGCCUGACCCAUUUUUUGCUUUUGAAACAGGGGCCCGUCUAAAAAAUACCCCACCCCCACCAAUUGUCAAAGUCUAGUGUGCGAUGGCCGAAGUUGUUGGCAUUAUAACUAGUGUCGCGGCUACAAUCCAGCAGAGCAUCGAGCUUUUCCAGGCGAUACGCAGUGCGAUAAAUAGCCGCAAGAACCUUUACGAGUUUAUCAAUCAACACUGCUUGGAAGCUAGACGCACGAGCCAACUGAUCAAGGCAGUGAGGAAAGAAGCGUCGUUGCAAACACCAUCUAUUAUCUGUGCGCUCCAGGACGUCGACGAAGCUGGAAAAAGGCUUAAUUCUCGGCUAAAGGUUGCGAGGGAGAGCCUGAAGAAGUCGAAUAUCAGACUUAUAGGGAACGCUCUAUUCCCCAAUCCAGACGAAGACAAGAAGUUACAAAUCGAGUUGAAAGAGCUAGAACUCUCCAAGAACAAUCUUAAUAGUUGUAUAUUGUUAUACAACGUCAGUCUAUCUCGAAACAUCAGCGAUAACAUAAGGAUCCAAACAAUAUCAAUGUCCAAGUUAAACCGUAUGGUCAAAGCACUGGGCAGAAAGGCGCACCCACAUGAGAAAAUGGCUGUCAAAAGCGAAAACAUGGUUAGAAGUGACCUCGCUGUUGAUGAACUAAGUGGAGAUUCUAUGGAUGUCGAUAUCGAUGAUCCGGCUGAUGGUUCGCCCCAUCGCCACCUAAGCCCUACUAUAGAGGACGCAGCAGACGCAGAUAUCUCGACAAAAACCAUCAAAGGGGACGCCUAUACCAUCCCCACAACAGUAUCCCCUUCGGAUUCCGACUACACUACGAGGCAAGGUCGGCGCACAGAUCACACAGCUGGAUCUGCUCCAUCCACUCCAUCCACUCCAUCGUUCUCGAGACAUUCCGAGAGAAACCAUUCAUCUACAACUUCAUCAACGGCCACCCCUAGGGUUUACGACUCUACACCGACGAGGAACAUCAAGGGUAAUGAUACCACCUCCAGAGGCAUGAUGUUCAAUGGGACGGUGCCAAUGAGCAGCCACAGAUCCUCCAAUGUGGACAUCAUUGAAAACAAAGCUAGCCACGACGCUACUAUGUUCAACGGCGAUCUACCGGCGGAAGUUCUUCUUAAACUAGCGCAUCUGAGGACCCAGAGAUUCCCAAACCCUCAGUAGUCCCAGAAACAAUCCGCUCCUCAAAAAAUCGGAAUCAACGGCUUUAAGGGAACUCCCAUCGCAGGGAGAUGGGUUGCCGAGCAGUACGAAUAGAAGAAACCAGUGUGUUGUUCGAUCGGUGCUAUAGCGGUACUGAAAAAGCAGGUUUGAGUUUUAAUGUAGACUAACCAGGCC